AUGGCUUCAUCACUCACGAUACCCUCAACCACCGCAGCCGCAUCACCAAACAUACGCUCACCACCACAGGGGGAGCAUCACCUACCCACAACACCAGGCAGACACCUUCCUCACGCUUCAGCAGCACAGCUUGGUUAUGGGUUUUGGAUACCAAACCACAUCUGCAUUCUUCUGCUGCGGCGGCCUCUCUUCGACCCUCAAUCCGACUCGGUGAGUGCACUCCUGUCCUCCCUCCUCCAGCCCAUCCCUCCGCCUCCCUUGCCCCUUUCCAUCACUCAGGUCUACCACGACUUCAUCGACAUCGGCUCCUCCUUCGACAACGACAUCUCUUCCAUUAUCUUCGACCCGAACUUCAUCGAUCGUCCCACCUCGUCCACCUCGUCCUCCGUGACCUCCACGACCGAAAGAUCCUCCACGACCGAAUAUUCCUCCACGACCGAAUAUUCCUCCACGACCGAAUACUCCUCCAUGACCGAUACAAAUACUCCUCCACGACCGAGUGCUCUUCCACGACCAAAUACUCUUCCACGACCGAUACAAAUACUCCCCCACGAUCGAAUACCCUUCCACGACCAAAUAAAUAUCCACGACCGAUACAAAUACUCCUCUCCGACCAAAUACACAUCCACGACCGCUCCCUGCCCCUAUACCAUACUCUCGUCUCAUCUAUAUACGCCCUCUCUAUCUCCUGUUGCCAUUGACGUGGUCAUUUUCUUCAUCUACACUCCCUCAUUGAUGUCUUUCGUCAACGUGACUACAGCGGGAGAUCCCUUGGUGCUGACAACCUUCAGGAACGAGGGUCACACCACCCUACAUGCCGCCAUGGGCCGCCGCAGCAGAUUGAUACACCAAAUGAUCUCAGCGGCGUCCGCUCAGUCUCUUCCCUGGCCGCCCCAGACCUCGUUGGUUGAGCACCUCGUGCGUCCUCCCUCAUGGCCCGAGACCACUUCUGCCGAACUGCGCUUCCAUCGUCUCCGACCUCUUCUUCCGUUCGGCCGCAUCUCUGUCGUGUCAACUACGGCUCCAUCAACCGAGAUCCGUCUGCAUCCGUUGCGCUGCUCCCGCUCCAUCGUGGCGUCCGUCGGCCGAGCUUCACAUCCGCCUUUGUCGUUUCCCAUCAGACAAGCCUUCGGCAUGCAUUGGCCCCAGCUGGAGUCGACAUCCCGCACAACAUUACAACUCUCCCUCUACCCAUUCACCGUCUCCGGCUACGACUCGAAAGAGGAGCAUCCGCCACAUCUUUCUUCAGGCCGUCUGCUUCGAGGGCCAAACAAGGGAUCCGGCGAUGCAAAGGGAACUCACCCUUUGGAUAGGGUUUUUGGAUAUUGA